AUGGAUACGAGACUGACGAGACUCUCCCUUCUCUCCCUCUCCUUUCUGCUGCUGUGCUGUGCUUCCCGGCUGGCAGUGGGGAACCACACGGGCCGGAUCAAGGUGGUCUUCACACCCACCAUCUGCAAGGUGACCUGCACGGGGGGCCAGUGCCAGAACAACUGUGAGCUGGGCAACACCACCACCAUUAUCAGUGAGAAUGGCCGUGCCGCAGACACCCUCACCGCCCCCAACUUCAGAGUAGGUGAGUGAUCUCCGGUUCACCUUAUCAUCACCCCUCCCCAUCUGUUUCCGUCUUGUGCUCAUCCGAUGUGGUUGCUGCCUUGUGCCUGGUGCAUGAUGGGAUAUAAGGCAUCUGAAUUUAGGGUGGUUAUUGUGCUGUGUGUGUGUGUGUGUGUGUGUGUGUGUGUGUGUGUGUGUGUGCACGCGUUUAGGGCAAUACAAUGAGAUCUGUCAUGUACGUUCUAUGUCUCACACUCUCUGCAUUCUGGAUGAGGUGUUAAACUAUUUUGAUGAUUAAUGUUUACAUUACUGCAUUUUCCUGCAUAACAGUAUAGUAUCUGACACACAUAGUAUAUAAAAUAUAAAAAUGACUGUUCAAUACAGGAGCACAAUAGGUGGGUGUUGCACAGACCCUGGAAAAGUCUGCCUCAGUCCUUAUAAGGAGCUCACCACUGUCUGCUGUAUCCUGUUCUUGACACAGACAUCUGGGAAGACCCAAAGAAGAUGAAUUCCUGUCUGACUCAGCAGCAGACACAGAUAUGAGAGCUCUGACUCUGGUUCUGUGACUCACGGUCAAUGUGGCUAUCCCUAUAGAGUCAGCAUUCAUGAUGCAUAUUGUACAGUUUGACGUUAUUGAUUGGGCCAUAGUAAAAACCUAAUUAUAACUCUUCACUAUGUAUUGUGUUACUAAUUUUAUGGUUGAAGAUACUUAUUUGAAUCAUCACUAAAUACCUAUAUAUUGGAAUGCCAAAUGUGCAGUAUAGCGUAGCAAAUGUAGCAGUCUUUUCCUGCUCUUUUGUGCAGAUCUGCAGCCUAGGGUGCUGCUCUGUCUGUGUGACUGUCUCUUUAAAUGAGAGCACCUGGUGUAGUGUCAGCCUAAUGUACCUGUCGAGACACGCAAUCUGUUCCAGGCCUGCUCUUCCCUCCCUGCUGAGAGCCAAGAGAGCUAUGAAGUAGCACAAGUCCUGAGCCUAGAAAGUGGAGAGCUGAGUUUUAUUUACAGUGUGCAGGCCAUCUCGUGUAGUCCCGUGUAGCUCAGUUGGUAGAGCAUGGCGUUUGCAACGCCAGGGUUGUGGGUUCGUUUCCCACGGGGGACCAGUAUAAAACAUUUUUUACAAAAAUGUAUGCACUCACUAACUGUAAGUCGCUCUGGAUAAGAGCGUCUGCUAAAUGUAAAUGUAAAUCUCCAGCAGCAGAAAUGGAAUAAAUCCCAUGUUUGUUUAUCAUACCUGAGUGAUGAAGGGAGAGUGUUGCUUCAUUAUAAGAAAAGGGGGGAUGUGUCCCUGCUUGCAACAUGGUGUUGGCCAAAUAACACGCUUACCAAGCCCAUAACAAGCUUUAGUUGAUUUGUGACUCAUUUAUCCAGGGCGAGGUGUAACUGUACUUUUUACCCACUUAACACUGUACUAAAUGCCACUCUGCUGUUGAAGGCUCUGCAAAGGAACAUUUUACUUUACAGUCCUGUGGAAAGAGGUUUAUUAAUCGUGGUGGAUUGUGCUGCACUGUUAUUACCACAUUUUGUGCAAUUAAAACACAAUACAUCCAUUGAGAAUAUGAAUGUGAACAUUUCUUCUGGGCUUCUGUCCUGCCUAGUCAGCGCUUAGGGCAUGAGGCCUGGUGGUUUUGGGCUGCCACAUUACCCUCCGUUGCCGAUGGAGACAGCCCCUCUCCUCUCCUGCAGUCCAACUCCGCUAGACAUGCAUCUGGAAAGAGAGAAGGACACAGCUGCACAGUUUACUACUGUACAGUCUACUGGCUGGCAGAUUAUAUAACGGUCUCAUUUGGUUUCCAUAUCAGCUCCAUACUGAUAAGGGAAUAAAGUUUAUCCCUCCCUUUUUCUCGCUCUCUCUCUCUCUCUCUCUCUCUCUCUCUCUCUCUCUCUCUCUCUCUCUCUCUCUCUCUCUCUCUCUCUCUCUCUCUCUCUCUCUCUCUCUCUCUCUCUCCCACUCUUUUCGAUCCCUCUUCUCUGUCUCUCUACUGUCACAGUAUUCUAUGGGGGACAAGGAACCCUUUUAGAGUGUUGUUUUUCCAUACCUCAGUGGUCUGUGUCAGGCCCAGACUUUUGGGCGUAUUGGGUCCUAGGUGUGUGCAGUGCCUGUCUAAGUAUUGUGAGCCUCCUGGAUCAGCCCAGGCUUCCUUAUUAAAGAUGGCCAUGGCUGUCAGUUCAUUUUGUGUGUCAGCUGCGCUGUAGACAAUAUCACCACAUUUAGGGUCAGAUUAAACUAAAUAGAUUUUUGGGGAAGUCAAGAUGGAGGGAAGUAUAUUCAACAUUAUUCUACCCGUUCUCUUCAUAUAGCACCUAUACAAAUAUGUCCCAUUUUGGGAGAGAGGUAAAGAAAGAAGCUGACCGAUUUUCUUGGCUCUCGGGCCAAUUCCAUUAAUUUUCUAAUUCCUCGGGUAACCUGUUCAGUUUUUACAGAGGUGAUGAGGGCUGUUGACUUUGGGUGGAGGUAGUUGUCUGGAGGCCUAUGUGUCUGGAGUCCUGUAUGAGACUUGAUUAAUGAGCAUUACACACUAAUAGUUCAUUUAGGCUUUCACUGGGCCAAAGGAGUGUAAUCAGGUGUUUGGUCAGUGCCUAAUUGGAAGCAUGUGGCUCCCGAGGAGGAAAAAAGUCUGCAGCCGUCUCUCUCUCUCUGUCUGCCCUGUAAAGGAGAGUGCCAGGUAUUUCACCGAAACACUUUCACUGAUUUUAUAGGCUCCCUUCACUCCCACGUACGCAAGUUGUGGCUGGGGGAUCAUCUGGUGGAGAAUAAAACCUGUAGCUAUAGAGGAAAGGGAGAGUCCAGAGGUUGCCAGUGAGGGACCAUGCUGGGGAGUUUAUGAGCUGUGCAGCGCCAGCCUUAGAUGGAGUUGGAGAUGGCUGGAGUCGACUAAUCCUCUUGUAGCUGUCAUUUCCUCCUUGUCAGAUUUCAUUAGCUUAUAUUUUCAUUAGCUGCACUGUCAUUUUUUCCUCCCUACAUGUUUUUUUCUUCUUCGUAGAUUUCUUUUUUUGUCAUCCCUACCUGGCAGUCAGGAAAGCGUGGCACUGUAUUUACAGUCUCAGUAGACGGGCUGCCUGUGGUGGAGGGGGGAAGCGAUGGGGGCUUCUCCUGCUGCCAGAGCCUGUGCCCUCAGUAAACACCAGGCGCUAGCCUCUACCGUGAGUCUAGGGUUGCCUUGUCUGGGUCAACCUGCCUUUCUGCUCUAACAACUACAUUUUACAUUUACAUUUUAGUCAUUUAGCAGACGCUCUUAUCCAGAGCGACUUACAGGAGCAAUUAGGGUUAAGUGCCUUGCUCAAGGGCACAUUAACGUCAUUUAGCAGACUAAGUGGGAUUUUUCUGUGAAGUGCCAGACGCCGCGUCUUAAAAUCUCAUUAGACACCCAGGGGCCAUGCACUGUGCUGCUGCUGACCCAGCCUCCUCUAAUCACAUUGCCUAGGCCCGUGGAGGGAGCAUGGCAGCCUGCCUUAAUGAACAACAUCCAGGGCUUCGGUCCUCACUCUCUUUCACUCUCUCACGCUCCACUCCUCAGUGGAUGAGGAGGAAAUGAGUCAGUGUGGUUGUGUAUGUGCUUGUUUCUGUUUGUGCAUGGGUGUUCACUGUAUCUGUGUGUGUGUGUGUGUGUCCACUGUCCACCAGGUGAAGUAGUCUCAUUAAACUAUUUUAUUCUGUGUGGUAGUCAGAGGAAACAUCUGGAGCGCAUAAGACUGGGGACUGAGGUACGGUCAGUCACUCUUUCUGACUCAGCUGAUUAAACGCAGGUUAGCGUUUUUUGUCAUGAAUCUUGUUCUGGUCACUAGCUGUCACAGCCACAAAGUCAUAAAAUCUUAUUUUAAACCUAACCUUAACCCGAACCAUACUGGUAACCCUAAUGCCUAACCCUAACCUUAAAUUAGGACCAAAAAGCACAUUUUUGUUUUCAUGAAUUUUUACAAUAGCCAAUUUUGACUUUGCAGCUGGCCUAUCUAAAGAGAAAUUGCUCAGUCCUCAUAAUAAAUGCAUGUGUUCCCAGUGCUACCUGAGGUUGGAUGAGGUAACUGUCAGCAAAUAUUGAAUAUCUUACGAGUCGUGGAUUUGAGUGUGUGGAUUUAGUUUCCCUUGAAUUCUAUUACUUUGAUUUCCCUUAAGUGUCUGUCUAUCAUCAUUUCCCUUCCCAUCCUGUCAUGUUUUGCCACACAGCUUCAGUAGCUUGUUUCCUGCCCACAACAAGAUGAGUAUGUAACCAUUGUGUCUGAGUGCCUUUAGAGGUGUUCGGGGGGCUGUUCUGGGGCGCCAUUCGCCCCAGUAAUCAGUCCAUGGUGUGAUGAUUUCAUUAGCCUCUGGGAACCACAGCUAUGGCUUCUGGUUAGACCUCUGACAUCACACUGUGAGGGCUACAGAGGAGGAGGGCAAACCUGAUGUCUGUCAGCAAGAAACACUUAUUAGUUACUCAUCACAUUAGGCGUUGUGAUGGACAUUUCUAAUGCACGGAUAAACUACUAAAUUACUAGUAAAUUACUAUUUAUUAUACACUGCUCAAAAAAAUAAAGGGAACACUAAAAUAACACAUCCUAGAUCUGAAUGAAUGAAAUAAUCUUAUUAAAUACUUUUUUCUUUACAUAGUUGAAUGUGCUGACAACAAAAUCACACAAAUUAUCAAUGGAAAUCAAAGUUAUCAACCCAUGGAGGUCUGGAUUUGGAGUCACCCUCAAAAUUAAAGUGGAAAACCACACUACAGGCUGAUCCAACUUUGAUGUAAUGUCCUUAAAACAAGUCAAAAUGAGGCUCAGUAGUGUGUGUGGCCUCCACGUACCUGUAUGACCUCCCUACAACGCCUGGGCAUGCUCCUGAUAAGGUGGUGGAUGGUCUUUGAGGGAUCUCCUCCCAGACCUGGACUAAAGCAUCCGCCAACUCCUGGACAGUCUGUGGUGCAACGUGGCGUUGGUGGAUGGAGCGAGACAUGAUGUCCCAGAUGUGCUCAAUUGGAUUCAGGUCUGGGGAACGGGCGGGCCAGUCCAUAGCAUCAAUGCCUUCCUCUUGCAGGAACUGCUGACACACUCCAGCCACAUGAGGUCUAGCAUUGUCUUGCAUUAGGAGGAACUCAGGGCCAACCGCACCAGCAUAUGGUCUCACAAGGGGUCUGAGGAUCUCAUCUCGGUACCUAAUGGCAGUCAGGCUACCUCUGGCGAGCACAUGGAGGGCUGUGCGGCCCCCCAAAGAAAUGCCACCCCACACCAUGACUGACCCACCGCCAAACCGUUCAUGCUGGAGGAUGUUGCAGGCAGCAGAACGUUCUCCACGGCGUCUCCAGACUCUGUCACGUGCUCAGUGUGAACCUGCUUUCAUCUGUGAAGAUCACAGGGCGCCAGUGGCGAAUUUGCCAAUCUUGGUGUUCUCUGGCAAAUGCCAAACGUCCUGCACGGUGUUGGGCUUUAAGCACAACCCCCACCUGUGGAUGUCGGGCCCUCAUACCACCCUCAUGGAGUCUGUUUCUGACCGUUUGAGCAGACACAUGCACAUUUGUGGCCUGCUGGAGGUCAUUUUGCAGGGCUCUGGCAGUGCUCCUCCUGCUCCUCCUUGCACAAAGGCGGAGGUAGCAGUCCUGCUGCUGGGUUGUUGCCCUCCUACGGCCUCCUCCACGUCUCCUGAUGUACUGGCCUGUCUCCUGGUAGCGCCUCCAUGCUCCACGCCUCACAGCAAACCUUCUUGCCACAGCUCGCAUUGAUGUGCCAUCCUGGAUGAGCUGCACUACCUGAGCCACUUGUGUGGGUUGUAGACUCCGUCUCAUGCUACCACUAGAGUGAAAGCACCGCCAGCAUUCAAAAGUGACCAAAACAUCAGCCAGGAAGCAUAGGAACUGAGAAGUGGUCUGUGGUCACCACCUGCAAAACCAGUCCUUUAUUGGGGGUGUCUUGCUAAUUGCCUAUAAUUUCCACCUGUUGUCUAUUCCAUUUGCACAACAGCAUGUGAAAUGUAUUGUCAAUCAGUGUUGCUUCCUAAGUGGACAGUUUGAUUUCACAGAAGUGUGAUUGACUUGGAGUUACAUUGUGUUGUUUAAGUGUUCCCUUUAUUUUUUUGAGCAGUGUAUUUCAUUGAGCUUUCAUUGAGCUUUAUUUUGUAUUGCUCUUUGUAUUCACUUACUUCGUUUUUCUGUUGAUGCAUUGUCGAGAGGGGAACCUGCAAGUAAGCAUUUCAUUGCACUGUGUACUCCAUGUACACAAUAAAGUGGUAAGUUUAUUAUUGCCUCCAGAACAUCCAGAAUUCUUUGGGGCAUGGAAACGUUGCUCAGUUGGUAUCAAGGGACCUAACGUGUGCCAGGAAAACAUUCCCCACACCACCGCCACCAGCCUGUACCGUUGACACCAACAGGAACCGGGAUUCGUAAGACCAGGCAAUAUUUUUCCACUCCUCAAUUGUCCAAUGUUGGUGAUCAUGUGCCAACUGGAGCCGCUUCUUCUUGUUUUUCGCUGAUAGGAGUUUAACCCAGUAUAGUAAUCUGCUGCAAUAGCCCAUCCGUGACAAGGAUGGACGAGUUGUGCGUUCCGAAAUGCCGAUCUGCACUUCAUGAGAGCCCAUGAACUCAUGUUCCGCAACAUUUCUAUAGGCUAUGCAAUUGCGUGAGAAAACAGAGUGAUGGCCUCUAUUAAAAAGAGGAGGAUCCCAUCAGCUUUCUAUAGGCUAGGCCUACUGUAUCUAUUUCUCAACUUUCCUAAUAUUAAGCACAUUGCUUCUCGUUAUAACGGGAGUGUAGCCUACCUGGCUGGCAUGAAAAUGAAACACGGGAAAAGUGUCCUCCAUUUGCUAUUUAAGUCCAUAAAUUACAUGUAUUUUUUUUCCCCUGCCCCUGUUUUGAGACAGGUGCAUGAUAAUGGUCCAUUCUAAAACAAAUUUCACACAUAUUAUUUUAUUUUAAUUUGGGAUCUAUCGCAUCCCACAACUGUCCCAGACUAUGUUUGGAAUAUUUAUUUCGCACACAGAAUAGAAUAGGUCAACUUUGUGUGCCUCGGAAUUGUAUAAGGACGCGCGCAGUUGUGUCCUAUGUGUCUGUCUUCACUUGUAGCCUGUGAGAAAGACCUUAUCACGUGACGUGCAUUGGCAAUAAGAAUUGAGCUAUCUGAGAGAGCCGUGUGAGUGAGAGGUGCUUCACCGCACGCAGCCGGGAGAAGGGAAUUAUAAUUAUUAUAUAUCAGCCCAAAGGCACAACGGCCACUGGCCGCAAAAGGCGUGGAUUUUUUUACGGGGCAUUACGGCCACACAAGGGGAUGCCACUGGGAAAUUCGAGGCAUUAUCAAGUGCUUGUCAAAUUGUGAAUGAGAGACUGAUGAAAUGUGUGCAGCCUGUGCAAAUAACAAAGCAAAGCUCAUGCCUUUCAUGCAUCAUGCAGCCUUAGAAUGUAUAAAAAAUUUAAAUGUUGGGCAAUAUGUUUUGAUCACAACUAAAGUUGCAUAAAUAACUCUAAAUUAAGCAUAUAGGAAGACCUGUUUCUUUGUUAAUCGCUCAACACAGAUUAGCCGCAUGUGCGCACUCCCUCAGAAAUCUUUAGGAGAAAACAUCCAUUCUAUUUUAUUCAGCUAUGUUCAAUUGUAUUCUUCAUACUAUAAAAUAAGCCACGGACUUCUAAGCAAAUCUUGUCUGCUAAAUGAACUAGUGUAGCCCACAGCCAUAUGGCAUAGCCAGAUCAGAGCCUAACAUAAGGACAAGGACUAUGCUAUUCUGUUAUAGACAGUUCUGAAAUAGACAGUAUUUUCUUUCAUAUCAUGUUUCUUUAGACCUGUAUAAAAUACAUAAUGGUUUUAUUGUGAUGGUGUAGGCUAUGGAUUUAUUAGACUUUUUAAAAUGUAGGUGUUCCAAAGGUCUGUAUUAGUGGCUUGUAGGCUAUGCGUGGAAGCCAGGAGAUGCUAAAUAUGUUUAUGUUAAUUAACGGUCAAUUACCUUGAGACCAGCAGUUAUUUGCUUGACGAUCACCAGCUGACAAAAUGUUAUGACUGCCACUGCCCUAAUCAUACCACGCUCAAAGUCACUUAGGUCACUCGUUUUGCCCAUUCUAAUGUUCAAUCGAACAGUAACUGAAUGCCUCGAUGCCUGUCUGUCUGCUUUAUAGUAUAUAGCAAACCACGGCCACGUGACUCACUGUCUGUAGGAGCGAACCAUUUUCAUGAACGGGGUGGUGUACCUAAUAAACUGUGUAUAUCAUGUGUAUAUGACAAAUAAACUAACUUGAACAAGAUAAACCUCAUCCAUAGAGCCCGGAGUUGUUCCUGGUCAGGUCACGUGGUCAGGAAAAAUGUAUGGCCAUACAUACUCAUCCAAUAUGGUUUGAUGUGGGUUCCACCAAACCAAUGAUUAUCAUGUAUAGCUUCUCUCUGUUUAAAUAACCAGUCUUGCUACGUGUGGCAAACGGUUUGUCAACCAGUUUGAUUGGCCAAAUACACCCUCUCAAAGCACAUUUUACAUGGAUCCUGUCUCUUCUAGACAUCCCAAAUGUAAACAAUAACCCGUAGUCCCUGAGAUGUCUUUGUAUAUCAAACAGGAAAUCACCUGAUGCUCCUAAUGCCACAGGCUGCAUGGUAAGGACAUGGGUCAGGCCUGGCAGGGGGUUGGCUGGGGCUGGGCAGAGUCAGAGAGGACUUCAAACAGCAUUGUGUAGCAGGAGCCUGCAUGGGCCAGAGAGAAUCAGAGGCAGCAAGGAUGUGAGGUUUGGGAGCGGUGUUGUUGUCACCAUAAUGAGAGGGUUGGGGAGAGGCAUAUCCUACCAAACUGUGCUUGUCCUUUUCUAGGGAAAACACACUCAAUUAAACAAAAGACAUGAAUGCUAUUUGUUUACAGUACAGUAGUGACUGGGAUGCACUGAACACAAGGCCUAUAGGCCACAGGACAAAGAAUCAGCCUCUUUCUUUGUAGCUACAGUAGGAAUGUUGUUAUUAUAGAUGGAACAUGUUUAACUUUCUCUACAAUGAAUUUGAAACACCCUUUCAACUUGAAACACUAGGCUAAGAUUGCCUCCUAAGGCCUGAAAAGCAUGUGAUUAAAUUACCUGUAUGUGUGGAACAUUAUAACACAUUACACCUUCCAGGAAUUUCAGCUGUGCUUGACAUGCUUUCCUACAACUUGUAAUGGAGUGCCAGAAGAGAGUGAUUACUAGUUCCCUCUCGCUCAAUUGAGCAAUUGACUCAUGGUUUGCUGAGGAGAUUCCUGCACUGGUAGAAAGGACGACAGACCCAGGCAGCCAAGAUAUUCCUCAUAGGCAGCAGGUAUUCCCAUUGGGGGGAACUGAGGCAGACAGGGUGGUUGAGUGUCAGUAGUAUCUCCACCCCACCCCCAACCAACUGCGUAUAUGUCUGGGUGACUCUGGGGAGAAACAAAACUGAGGACUAGGCAGCAGAGUCCAAUACAAACACGCACGCGCUCCACACUCUGUCCCCUCCCAGUCUCUGUCUGCUAGCCGGCUCCUGGCUGGGCUGACAGCUUGAUUCAUGCCGCCGACCCACACGCCAUUGACACAUAUUUCAAAUACACUGGGGGGAUUCGGUUCCUUCAGCUCUUUUCCAGAAGACGCCUCGGCAAACUAACCCUCCACAGAAUGUCCUUCAGCUUCGCAAUUAUUGAAAAUUACUGCCUGAAUGGAGCAGUUAAUGUUCUAAUUUAAAUUCUAUAUUUUUCAUUCGUUUUUUUCUGGCUUGUGGUGCAUGGUUAGUGGAGGUGAGUGGUGUGGUGGCGUGUGCGGUGCUUGUGGAGACUAGCUGGAGCUAUGAAGGAAAUUCCUUUGUGGAUGAAUAAGCAUUGGGUGACUGACAACUCUGAGAGAGAGAGAAAAGUGAGAAUGGCACACUUACUCAAUUUCUAGUAUGAACAGCAAGGUAUUUACAGUAAAGACCUUGAAUUCCCAGUGUAAUACUUUCCUGGGCAUACCUCUGUCAUGUGGUUUGGGUCUUAGCCUCAAGUAGCCUUAUCUGGGCAUGAGGUCUCCCUCAGAACCGGGCUGAGGAAUUGAUGACUGUCAGAGUCAGGAUGGAAAACAAACCCUGGGGCUGAAUAGCUGAAUACAUUACAGGCUCCUCAAUUAUGCCAGAUUUGCUGAGGAAUUAUGCAGUCUCCAAGCGUAAUGGAUAAUUUGGCAUCCAUCUCCUUGUGCCUUUGUGAUGAAUAUUGAUGGUGGGGGAGUCGGGCAGUGUUUGGACACUGAGCUGAAUGCGUAAAGUCGUGGAACUCUGGAAGACAACGACAAAGAUGUAAACGAUGGCUGAACAACACAGGCUUUGUUCUCCUGGGUAUGGAUGGAUCCAUCAUGCCUCUUAAUGUUGCAGCUCGAGAUUCCUGCUUCAUAUCUUGUUGUGCUAAAGCACAAACUUCCUCGAUGAGGUCCUUGGCAUAUGGAGGCUUGAGUGGGAGAGAGCGAGAAAGCGCAAUCAGAGAAAAAAUAAUAUUGGAAGGUAACUCAUCAUGAAAUGUCAAACACAGUUCGUAAACAGUGGUUGUUUUGUCUACUUGCUGUUUAUUUAAAGGUUGAUCAGUCUCCGAGUUAAACAUUUUCCAAAAAUAAACUGCUGUAAAGAGUUUGUGUGUGGCUGUGUGUGCGGAAUGUCAUUGGGUUCGCUGUCAUCUGUGGGCACAGCUGGCUAAACUUCACGUUCUUUGUGUUUUUUUAGUGGUAUGCCAUCUGCCCUGCAUGAAUGGAGGAAAGUGCAGUGCCAGGGACAAGUGUCAGUGCCCGGCUACCUAUACGGGGAAGUUCUGCCAGAUGCCUGUUCAAAAUGGGAAUGGGCAGCAGCGCCAGAAUGGGAAGCAGCAGACGUCCCAGAUUCACUCCACUCACACUCUGCCCCUCACGUUCAGCAAUGGACAGAACCCUGGUAAGAUGGAGGGACUGAGUUCAAAUACAUGUACAUGUAUUUUUUGAAAAUUGGGUUCAUUUUUUAUCCGAAGGCAUAUAGGUAGAAAUACGAAGGAGUAUCCAAUAAGUGUACAUCUAAAGUGCGGUCGUAGAACAUUAACUUGCUAUUUUCAAUAACUUUGACCCCAUGUAUCCUCUUUUACCUUGUCUCCCCCAGUGAAAUAUGCCCCCAGCAUCGUGAACAUCCACGUGAAGCAUCCUCCAGAGGCCUCGGUGCAGAUCCAUCAGGUCUCCCAGCUGGAUGCCAAUGGGCAGAAGGUGAAAGGCAAUGGGCAGAAUGGCCAAUCGCAGACCCAGACCCAGACCCAGACCCAGUCUCACUACACCUACCACCACUCAGACAGCAGACAGACGAUCCAGGGACACAAUAUAAUCUACCCCAACCAGCAGAGCUACGUCCCCCAGUACCAGCCCGUCUCCUCCAAGAGCCAGUUGGGACGCUGCUUCCAGGAGACCACCGGCACACAGGUCAGAGAGGGACAGGGGGGAGGGCAGGGAUGGAGAAAGAGGAGGGAUAGAGGAGAAGAGGAAGAGAGGAAAUCUGGAAGUGUUGAGAGUGCAGAGUGAGAAUAUUGGAAGACAGAUCAGAGAAGGACAGAGGGAAAGGUGGGGGUUGGAGAAAGAGAGUGGAAAUAAGAGGGAGAGAGAGAGAAAGAGCUAUUGGUAGGCUUUGUGGAUAAAUAAGGUAAUGAGUUCUGCUUCAAUGCCAGCCAUUGAUCACUCUUUGCAUUUGAAAAAACACAAUCAAAGGAGCUGUUUGUCCAUCAAACUAAUCUAUGCUAAUCGAAAUUGAUGUGUGUUUAGAGGACAAAAACAACCGUGACUCAAGUUAAAUCAAUCCAGGUGUGUAGAGCCUCUCAUUUUUCAGUCUGCUGGCCUUUAUACUCCGAGAAUAAAGAUGCUAUCAACACCAAACAACUUUUCCCAUUUAGAAAUAGCUCCAUAACUCAUGUCAGUGCUUUAAUACAUCCAAAGUUAUUAGCAGUAUUGGCACCUCGCCCGUCUUAUCCACUUCAAUUUGGUUUACAUUUUGCAGUCAGAUUGACAUUAUGGUGAUAAGGCUCCAUCAGCAGGCGAGGCGCUGAGGACUGUUCCCUUAUCAGUGUGUGUCGAUCUGAGGGAAGCUGGACGACAGGAUGUGUUUUAUAAUAGAACUGUUCUGUCUGAGAGUUGGAGUUGGAGUGACAGAUGGGCGUAUGUGGCAGAGGCUUCUAACGACCACGGAUUACAAAAAGAAAGCCAGUCAUGUUGCGGACACCAAUGCUGCCCUACCCGACGAGCUAAACACCUUUUUCUCACACUUCGAGCCAAAAGACUCUGAGCUGCCGAGGAGAGCCCCUGAGGACAACGAGGGCUACGUGCUUAUGGUCUCCACGGAAGACGUACAGUUGAAGUCGGAAGUUUACAUACACUUAGGUUGGAGUCAUUAAAACUCAUUUUUCAACCACUCCACACAUUUCUUGUUAACAAACUAUCAUUUUGGCAAGUCGGUUUGUAAUUUUUCCAACAAUUGUUUACAGACAGAUUAUUUCACUUAUAAUUCACUGUAUCACAAUUCCAGUGGGUCAGAAGUUUACAUACACUAAGUUGACUGUGCCUUUAAACAGCUUGGAAAAUUCCAGAAAAUGAUGUCAUGGCAUUUGAGUCAAUUGGAGGUGUACCUGUGGAUGUAUUUCAAGGCCUACCUUCAAACUCAGUGCCUCUUUGCUUGACAUCAUGGGAAAAUCAAAAGAAAUCAGGCAAGACCUCAGAAAACAAAUUGCAGACCUCCACAAGUCUGGUUCAUCCUUGGGAGCAAUUUCCAAACGCCUGAAGGUACCACGUUCAUCUAUACAAAACAAUAGUACGCAAGUAUAAACACCAUGGGACCACGCAGCCGUCAUACCGCUCAGGAAGGAGACGCGUUCUGUCUCCUAGAGAUGAACGUACUUUGGUGCGAAAAGUGCAAAUCAAUCCCAGAACAACAGCAAAGGACCUUGUUAAGAUGCUGGAGGAAACAGGUACAAAAGUAUCUAUAUCCGAGUCCUAUAUCGACAUAACCUGAAAGGCCACUCAGCAAGGAAGAAGCCACGGCUCCAAAACCACCUUAAAAAAGCCAGACUACGGUUUGCAACAGCACAUGGGGACAAAGAUCAUACUUUUUGGAGAAAUGUCCUCUGGUCUGAUGAAACAAAAAUAUAACUGUUUGGCCAUAAUGACCAUCGUUAUGUUUGGAGGAAAAAGGGGGAUCUUGCAAGCUGAAGAACUCCAUCCCAACCGUGAAGCACAUGGGUGGCAGCAUCAUGCUGUGAGGGUGCUUUGCUGCAGGAGGGACUGGUGCACUUCACAAAAUAGAUGGCAUCAUGAGGAAGGAAAAUUAUGUGAAUAUAUUGAAGCAACAUCUCAAGACAUCAGUCAGGAAGUUAAAGAUUGGUCACAAAUGGGUCUUCCAAAUGGACAAUGACCCCAAGCAUACUGCCAAAGUUGUGGCAAAAUGGCUUAAGGACAACAAAGUCAAGGUAUUGGAGUGGCCAUCACAAAGCCCUGACCUCAAUCCUACAGAAAAUGUGUGGGCAGAACUGAAAAAGCAUGUGCGAGCAAGGAGGCCUACAAACCUGACUCAGUUACACCAGCUCCGUCAGGAGGAAUGUGCCAAAAUUUACCCAACUUAUUGUGGGAAGCUUGUGGAAGGCUACCCGAAACGUUUGACCCAAGUUAAACAAUUUUAAGGCAAUGCUUCCGAAUACUAAUUGAGUGUAUGUAAACUUCUGACCCACUGGGAAUGUGAUGAAAGAAAUAAAAGCUGAAAUAAAUCAUUCUCUCUACUAUUAUUCUGACAUUUAACAUUCUUAAAAUAAAGUGGUGAUACUAACUGACCUAAAACAGGGAAUCUGUACUAGGAUUAAAUGUCAGGAAUUGUGAAAAACUGAGUUUAAAUGUAUUUGGCUAAGGUGUAUGUAAACUUCCGACUUCAACUUCAAGUCAUUCAAACGUGUUAACCCUCGCAAGGCUGCCGGCCCAGACGGCAUCCCUAGCCGCGCCCUCCGAGCAUGUGCAGAGCAACUAGCUGUAGUGUUUUUGGACAUUUUCAAUCUCUCUCAAACUCAGGCCGUUAUCCCCACCUGCUUCAAGAUGUCCACUAUCAUCACCAUGCCCAAGAAAGGGAAAGUAACUGAACUGAAUGACUACUGACCCGUAGCACUCACUACGGGUCAUUAUGAAGUGCUUCGAGAGGCUUGUCAAAGACUACAUCACCUCCUCCCUCCCCGACACACCCGACCCUCUCCAAUUCACUUACCGCCCAACAGAUCCACGGACGACUCAAUCGCCAUUGCACUGCACACUGCACUCACCCAUCUGGACAAGAGGAAUGCAUAUGUGAGGAUGCUGUUCGACUACAGCUCACAGCCCUGGGACUGAACCACACCGUCAGAGUGCCUAACUCCUCCCUAUGCAACUGGGUCCUGGACUUCCUGACAGGCCGCUGACGACGCGACAGUAGUAGGCCUGAUUACCAACAACGACGAGACGGCCUACAGGGAGGAGGUAGGCACUCUGACGGUGUGGUGCCAGGUAAACAACCUCUCCCUUAACGUCAGCAAAACAAAGGAGCUGAUUGUGGACUCAUCAAUGGGGCCGCUGUGGAGACGGUCAAAAGCGUAAACUUAACUUCCUGUACGUACACAUCUCCGAGGAGCUGAAAUGGUCAAACCACACGGACCCCGUGGUGAAGAAGGCACGACAGCGACUCUUUAACCUCAGGAGGCUGAAGAAAUUAGUCCUGUCCCCGAGGGCAUUCACAGUGUUCUACAGGAGCACCAUCGAGAGCAUACUGUCGGGCUGGAUCACAGCCUGGUACGGCAACUCCACCGCCGCUGACCGCAAGGCACUACAGAGGGUGGUACGCUCAGCCGAACGCAACAUUGGGUGCACACUGCCUGCCCUCCAGGACACUUACAACACCAGGUGUUGCAGGAAGGCAAAGAAGAUCAUCAGGGACCUCAGCCACCCGAGCAAUGGCCUGUUCUCCCCACUUCUAUCACUCAGAUGUGGGCAGUACAGGAGCAUCAAGGCUAAAACUAUCAGACUGGCCAAUAGCUUCUACCCCCAGACCAUCAGGCUGUUGACUAGCCACCACCAGUCAGCUACCUGCUCCCCCCCCCCCCCCCCCCCCCCCCCCAUCUGCGACCCUCUACAUGUGACUAAAUACAAAUCUAUUUUUAUUUUUUAAAUAAGAAAGGACACUUCCCUUCUGAAAAUACUGAACUCACUCUCUGAAUCUCUCCUACUGCUGUUCCUUUCUCUCUGUGUUUCUCUCUACUCUCUUCCUCAUUCUCAUUCUCCUACACACUCUCUUCUAAAUUCCAGUGUGGCAAGGCCCUCCCUGGUCUCAGCAAGCAGGAAGAAUGCUGUCAGAGCAUCGGAACAUCCUGGGGGUUCCACAAAUGCCAGAAGUGCCCAAAACCAUGUAAGUACCAGCGUAAUACAAGUAACACUCUUUGACUGGUGUAGAUUAUAGUGGUUGAACUUUGUCAUAUGAGAAAUGGGGAGUGAGAGAGACUGUCAUGGGAUAGACAGGGAGCGAGACAGAGAUAGAUGAACUGUACACCCAAAUAAGGACAUCUCAGCCCAUUUGAAAUUUGUCUCAGCUAUGUGAAUACUGUGUGGCUAUUUGCUGCCGAGACACAGUAGUUGAAGAUAAAUCAGGUAAUACACUUUACUGGCACUGUAGAAGCAGUUUACUGGCAUGUGCAGUUACUCAAUUCUUAACUGCAUCCAAGAAAGGGAGUUUUUGUGUCGAGACAAUCAACACAUUGGAACCCAGCUUCUGCCAAAAAAGGGCAAAAAUUGUUUUUCACAGCUUGAGAAUGACAAAGGAGGGGGAUGAAGGAAGGGAUGGGUGGGGGGGGAGUUGGAGAAACAGAUGAAUUUUGUGAAGACAUGCGAGUGUGAAUGUGCUGAACAGACCCAGACCCACAGUAAUGUUCCAAUAACCGGACCCCUGGGUCUAGUCCACUGACUCACCUCAUGGUAAUCCUCUAAUAACUUUAUUUUAAGAGUGGUGAAAACUGUUCACUCUCUUACCCCCAGACAAGCAUUACAACAUUGCCGUGCUUCAUCCAUAUUUGGAAAUAACGUCAUUUGUACAGACCCAGACUGAAACCUAGACACAUUAUCUUGAUCUUUCCCUUUUUUGUGUUUAUAGUUCGGGAACAUUAGAACUAUGCUAGAAUGCUAACAAAAAUGCUAGGACAGAAAUGUGGAGGUCUGGUUUCAAAAACAUGACACAGGCUUUCUCUCAACACCAUAGGCACGUUACAUAAUGUAGCCAAGCUACUGCAAGUAACAGAAUGUCCAGCCCAGUAAUUUCAGAGCAGCUGCUCUUUAGGCACUGCUAGCCUAUCUUCAGUACGAAUCCUACAUUUGUAUUUCAGGAACACUGUAUUAAGUUGGGAACAUUAUAUGACCCUUGUGUUUAUCCAGAUAAAAAAAGGUGGGCGGCUUUUGGCCCUGUGGAUUUAUUUUGAGAAGAGAUCUGUUAAAGAAACAAGCCUGGAUGUCUCCAUGCCAGUAGUCUGUGUUCCCACGUGGCUGUCCUGUCUUUCUCUUCCUGGGCUAUUUUAGCUGGUUGUUACCCAGUGGAGACGGCUAGGGAAGGUUUAGGCCCUUGUGAGCAUUAGAACAUUCCAACAACCUCCCCAGAAUGCUGCUUAAAGAACUCUCUAGAAUGACCUUUAUUGCCUUCAUGCCAAAGCAAUGGGAUCUAUGAGAGAGAGGGGAUGGUGGGAGGAGACGGGGGUGGGAUGUGGUUGGAAAUAUGUGUUUUCAUCAUUUAACUGGAGGGAGAUCGGAAUCUUCAAGUGAAUAGCUUGUACUCCAGGGAUCACCUGUAUUUGGGGAGUUUCUCCCAUUAUUCUAUGCAGAUCCUCUCAAGCUCUGUCAGGUUGGAUGGGGAGUGUUGCUGCACAGCUAUUUUCAGGUCUCUCCAGAGAUUUUCGAUCGGGUUCAAGUCCGGGCUCUGGCUGGGCCACUCAAGGACAUUUAGAGACUUGUCCCGAAGCCACUCCUGCGUUGUCUUGGCUGUGUGCUUAGGGUCGUUGUCCUGUUGGAAGGUGAACCUUCGCCCCAGUCUGAGGUCCUGAGCACUCUAGAGCAGGUUUUCGUCAAGGAUCUCUCUGUACUUUGCUCUGUUCAUCUUUGCCUCGAUACUGACUAGUCUCCCAGUCCCUGCCGCUGAAAAACAUCCCCACAGCAUGAUGAUGCCACCACCAUGCUUCACCGUAGGGAUGGUGCCAGGUUUCCUCCAGAUGUGACGCUUGGCAUUCAGGCCAAAGAGUUCUUCAAUCUUGGUUUCAUCAGACCAGAGAAUCUUGUUUCACAUGGUCUGAGAGUCUUUAGGUGCCUUUUGGCUAACUCCAAGCGGGCGGUUAUGCGCCUUUUACUGAGGAGUGGCUUCCGUCUGGCCACUCUACCAUAAAGGCCUGAUUUGUGGAGUGCUGCAGAGAGGGUUGUCAUUCUGAAAGGUUCUCCCAUCUCCACAGAGGAAAUCUAGAGCUCUGUCAGAGUGACCAUCGGGUUCUUGGUCACCUCCCUGACCAAGGCCCUUCUCCCCCGGUUGCUCAGUUUGGCCUGGCGGCCAGCUCUAGGAAAAGUCUUGGUGGUUCCAAACUUCUUCCAUUUAAGAAUGAUGGAGGCCACUGUGUUCUUGGGGACCUUCAAUGCUGCAGACAUUUUUUGGUACCCUUCCCCAGAUCUGUGCCUCGACACAAUCCUGUCUCGGAGCUCUACAGACAAUUCCUUCGACAUCAUGGCAAGGUUUUUGCUGUGACAUGCACUGUCAACUGUGGGACCUUAUAUAGACAGGUGUGUGCCUUUUCAAAUCAUGUCCAAUCAUUUGAAUUUACCUCAGGUGGACUCCAAUCAAGUUGUAGAAACAUCUCAAGGAUGAUCAAUGGAAACAGAAUGCACCUGACCUCAAUUUCGAGUCAGAUAGGCAAGGGUCUGAAUACUUAUGUAAAUAAGGUAUUUCUGUUUUGUAUUUUUAAUACAUUUGGCAAAAUUCCUAAAAAUCUGUUUUCUUUUUGUCAUAAUGGAGUAUUGUGUGUAGAUUGCUGAGAUUUUUUUUAUAUUUAAUACAUUUUAGAAUAAGGCUGUAAAGUAACAAAAUGUGGAAAAAGUCAAGGGGUCUGAAUACUUUCCGAAGGCACUGGAUAACUAACUGUCUAUUAUGCGUUGGGAAUACUUUGGAAAAUAUUUCCAAAAUUAAAAUACCCCCCCUCUCCUUGUACUCAGAAAACUUGAGAGGCCAAAUCAAAUCCCCUGCAGGCCGGCAGUUGGGGAACCCUAUUGUACUCAAUAAGAGUUCAUAAUAACCUAAUUUGUAGCCCAGAAAAAGACUAUUAGAUUAGUCUGCCUCAAUCAGACAGGCAUCAAAGUACUCCGCACCCUCACAGCACUUUGGAGAUUAAAUCAUUAUGCUUUGAUCAUUAUCAAAUAAUCUUAUGACAGCUUAUGUAGUUAAUCAGUUGUGUUAUCCCUCUUUUUCAUCAACUCAUUUUCUGUCAGGGAGCCUUUUCCCUGUUGGGCCUGAGAAUCGAGAUUAACUUGGUUAGUUUGUACUCCUGUCUUACCUAACAGGCUAUUUGAAGUUCAGAAAUCACCACACAUCCAGUCACAUUUUCUUUUCCCAAUGCUUCCCUGGUUUCCACAUGGAACAAAACCUAUAGUUCUUCACCAGUUUGUUCCCAAAGGCUGAGUCUCCUGUUAUUGGAAGGUACAACGGCACAGUGUAAUGUCUGGCUGUGUUGGGAGUCAGGAAUGGCAGGGGAGUGAGGUUAGCAUUUAUGUGCAGGGCGCCGUGUGAACUGCCCCAUUGUGCCCCGGAGACAGUUGUAGCUGGUAAAUAAGUUGGCUUACAGGCAAACAAACAUAGCCUUGUUCCCUUUUAAGCAAGCUAGCAAUCUGCUUUCAGGUAUUUGGGUGCCACCCUGGUACGGGGCCUGAAAAGCCCUCCAACAGUACUUCCGUCUGCCACAGUAGAUCUAGAUCCCCCCUUCUUACCUUAAGCAGGGUGGAAUCAUUAGUCCAAUCAUUAGUCCUCUGCCAGCCCUCAGUCAGAUGUUGGCUCCAUUCAUUGAGUUUUUACAAUGAAAGCAAUUAAUGUCAACCUUUGGAAACGAAAUACACAAAAGUAUGUGGACACCCCUUCAAAUUAGUGGAUUUGGCUAUUUCAGCCACACCCGUUGCUGACAGGUCUAUAAAAUUGAGCACACAGCCAUGCAAUCUCCAUAGACAAACAUUGGCAGUAGAAUGGGCCAUACUGAAGAGCUCAGUGACUUUCAAAGUUUUACCGUCAUAGGAUGCCACCUUUCCAACAAGUCAGUUUGUCAAAUAUCUGCUGUGCUAGAGCUGCCCCGGUCAACUGUAAGUGCUGUUAUUGUGAAGUGGAAACGUCUAGGAGCAACAACGGCUCAACCGCGAAGUGGUAGGCCACACAAGCUCAUAGAACAGGACCUGGGUAUGGCGGAUACCAGGAGAACGCUACCUGCCAGAAUGUAUAGUGCCAACUGUAUAGUUUGGUGGAGGAGGAAUAAUGGUCUGGGGCUGUUUUUCAUGGUUCAGGCUAGGCCCUUUUCUGUUUCAGCAUGACAAUGCCCCCGUGCACAAAGCGAGGUCCAUACAGAAAUGGUUUGUCGAGAUCGUUGUGGAAGAACUUCACUGGCCUGCACAGAGCCAUGACCUCAACCCCAUCAAACACCUUUGGGAUAAAUUGGAACGCCGACUGCGAGCCAGGCCUAAUCGCCCAACAUCAGUGCCCAAACUCACUAAUACUGUUGUGGCUGAAUGGAAGCAAGUCCCUGCAGCAAUGUUCCAACAUCUAGUGGAAAGCCUUCCCAGAAGAGUGGAGGCUGUUAUAGCAGCAAAGGGGGGACCAACUCCAUAUUAAUGCCCAUAAUUUUGGAAUGAGAUAGUCGACGAGCAGGUUUCCACAUACUUUUGGCUAUGUAGUGUUGAAUGGUUACAUGAUGUUUGGCAUUUGGAAGCGGAGGUAAGCGGGUGUUUUUGCACAGUGUUUUGUCCUUGAGGUUUGUGUGGCCAGGGAUAAGAAAGUUGAAUGCAUGAGAGGAGGUGUUUGUUCAUGGGUUCAUGUGAGAGAUGGGUUUUUUUUACCAUUAUUUUCCUCUUUUAUUUUGUUCUUCAUAAUAAUGGUUGCUUGUGCUGGAAUGCAACUAAAAUCCAAAUGGGAACAAAUAAUGUUUCCUAUUUUAUUCAAUGUUUUAUUUUGCCAUGAAUCUCAUUUUCCUUCAAGGUAAGCUUGAGAUCGCUAUUCUAGUCCUCAAACAGCUAUCAGACAAUGCCAGUAAGUUGAGAGGCUUGCGUCAGGAGGACAGUACCGUGAAUUAGUGAUGGAGAUCAAAGAAGGAUUCAAGCACCCUGUCAUCAAUCCCCAAAAAGCGUGAUGGUUUUAUCCGUGGCAGGUUUCCUGACGUCACCUGAAGUUAGGAUAAACUCUGCGACUGUAAUAGAUGGCACUUAUCCUGAAUGUGUUCAACUCAAUUGUGUGUUGUGUGCAUGCAUGCGCGUGUGUGUGUUGGUGAAACACUGGUUCUUACUAGGUGUUGAUGGAUCAUGUUCUUGAUGAACAGGGCAGAGUAGAGAUACUGUCAGAGUGGGCUUCCUCCUUCUUAAACAAUUCUGGAUCAGUCAUCAAAUGCUGUCUACUCCCAUAAAGUCAGGGGGAAUCCCCAAAGUAUCAGUAGAAAUGCUUUUUAAAAACCUGUAGCCAAUUAAACAUAGCCAAUUAAAUGCGUUCUUAUGAGAUAAUGAAGCGUACAUACUCUAUAUUGUUCUGAGUCAUGUAAAAGUCUCAGAGAUGGAUUGAUGGAAGUAAAAAAAAAAAAUAUCUCUCUCUUUUCCAGCUAUUCCUCUGACAGCAGGAGGAUCCAGACAUGCGAUGGACUGCCCCCAGGGAUACAAGCGCAUCAACAACUCCCACUGCCAAGGUAAGCGCUGUGGCCCACCUCUUGUUCAACGUCUCUGCGACUACCACUGCCAUUGUUUGGCUUGUGCUUUCUCACACGGAGAGAAUUCUAUUGUUUUCUCAGCGUGGCGGAGGGCUUCGCCAGGAGAAAUUAGCCUUAAAGAAAUGAUUUGUCACCAGCCACAUAAAACCCUGCGAGAGAGCAGGGCUACCAUCCAGAGACGAGGAAUGAAUAUGCUUCAUUUUGACAAGGAGAUCAUUCUCACCCUUCCUUGGGUGGUAUGGGCCUGUCUACCUGUACACAGCACCCUCUGCUGGUCCCUCGCGCUCCAAUCCUCCACAGAUACACUGACUCAGCCCACUCUCAUUUAUGACACUGGUUUGCCAGCUGCCAUUUGUUGUCUCCCCAGAGCUGCCUGAAAUCUAUCAAAGAUUAAAGUUUUUUCUUCUCUUUCUACUCUUGACUUGCUCCACUUGGUCGUCAGUGAUCAAUCCUGCUUUAACAGGACCUCAAACACCAUAACAGCCAUGCGGGGGAGAGAGUGAAAAGAGGCAGGUGCCAUAUUUGAUAGAUUUCCCUAAUCUAAUCUGAAUUGAAUUGGGAUAUGAUAGCGAACGAUGACUACAAUACAUCAGGGCUGGCAGGCCUGACCGUAUUCAGAGGAGUCACACUAAAUCAAGCCUGCUCUGCCCCAGCGACUUUUGAACCUACUGUGGCCCAUUCACUCAGCACUCCACUCAAGGGGAGGGAGGAAGGGAGGUAGAGGGACCAGUGUCUGUGUAUACGCCACAGGCCUGCUCAGGGACUUUACUGACUGCUCAUUUUUUAAACAAAAAAAUAUAACCCCUACUGCUCUCCUCUAAUCAGCAGGAAACCCAAACCUCUCCUUCUCUCUAUGGUAGCUGGCUGUUUGAACUGUCAGAUCUUACAGAGAGGGGUUAUGAAAUAGUGAAGGCUUAUCCUUUAAAUUGAGCUUGUGGCGUCUCUACUACAAUAACAACUGCCCAACACUAAACACACUACAUUAUUCUACAUCAUUGAGAAUUCUAUUGGAACAGUGGACGGUACAUUGAAAACAUCAGGGGACACCCCUACUCACUUCAAAGGGAUCCCAUUAAUUGACAGCACUGGUAGUGUAGUGCAUGGCACAACCAACAGAGGGCAUAUGCCUGGGUUCCACUGGUUCUACAUGAGGCAGAGUGCCACCGCGCCAAGGCGCUUGCCAGAACUGUGGUUAGGCAGAGAAGGGCUCUGAAAGGGGAGCCGAGGCCUGACUGCUGCCUAUUCGGAGUGCUGCCAGGCUGAGGAGAGCAGAGUGGUGGCCCAGACUUGGUUAUUCCUGUGGAGGUGCUGUGACUCUUUACCCUGUAAUCCACCACUUCCUGUUCCCCUUAAUAUUACCCCUUUUUUACAGGGCUGAUUUGGAUUUAAUCUCCAUUUAGUUUUUCUUGGAGCUAGGUAUGUGUGUUUACUAAUUGCUGAAUAUGGUGUGACUGUGUCCAAUAUAAAAAAUGGAGGGGAAAAAGACACGAUAGAGGCUUGCUCGGCUGGUUUCAAGUCGUGUGGAGUCGGCGGGUCUUGUUCUGAUCCAGUUCUGAUUAAAUUCCCCAGUGAGCCAUUUGAGUUCUGAAGCGGUGAGGGUAGGAGGUGUUAGGCUGGGUCAUGUUCAGUAUGACUUCUCUUGGACAAGCCAAUCUCCCUCCCACAUACUCUCGUUUAGCACUUCUCAGGCACUGCUGAAUGUUGUGGUGACUAAUGCGCAGGUGUGUCCCAGCCCAGGCAGCGGAUCUGAGUCCAAAGUGAUUAAGGUGAUGAGUGAGCAGUGA